AUGGAUGAAAAGCAGGAUUUCGCCGCGAAUUCGCCGGAGAGCAAAGCGGCAUAUGUUCUGAGCAAUGUUGUGGAGGUAGUGGAGCUGAUUCUCACCUUUGUUCCGACCAAAUCGCUGCUGCGGAUCGCGAGUGUUUGCCGGCUGUGGAGGAACUGCGCCCGCAGGGUGGUGAGGACCCAGCAGACCCUGACAUGGGUGUCAGCCUGCGGACCCUCCGACUGUCAGGUUCACGCCCUCUGUCCUGCCCUGCAAGAGGAGGUGGAGAAAGUGUUUGUGCUGCCAAAAACGGUUUUUGCGAUGGUCGACUGUGACGCCUUUACUGGACAGGAUCACUACUACAGACAGAACAAAGUGACCCCUAGUGGCUCUGGUGUGCAACACCCUAAAGAGUACCAGUCGGGCGAGGCAGGCUUUGCCGUCCUGCUCCCCAGCAUAGAAGGCGUCAAUAUCAAGCCAUUUCACUUCUGCAAGAAGUCCAUGUCUCCAACCGCACUCAAAGAAGCAGGUCUGGUUGACAACCCCGAUCUGCGAGUGGUUAUGCUCUUUGUUUACGAGGCUCACAUUUCCGGCGGGGCACGUUUCGUCAACCAGAUACUGGACCCCCUGGCCAAAAGCAAGGCUCUCAUCACCGGAGGGCUGGUUGAGACGGUCUUCUCCCCCACAAGACAGUGCUGCAGACAGGGAGAGUUCGGUGUGAUGGGCCUGGCCCUCAGCGGCCCAAAGGUACAGGGGGCUUCCGUGCUCCUGGACCAAGACGUGGUUUGCCCCAAAACCGCAGAAGCCACCAUCCGCCGGCUGAAGGCCGCCAAAAUACCCGAGAGGAACACGGUGGGGCUGAUGUUCGCCUGCUUAGGCCGAGGUCAGAAUUACUACCACGACCAGGCCAACGUGGAGGCCGACGCCUUCCACAAGGUCUUCCCCAACAUCCCGGUCUUCGGCUUUUUUGGGAAUGGGGAAAUUGGCUGUGACCGCAUCGUGAGAGACGACUACACGCUGUGUGAAACUGACACCGAGUCUCUGCAGCACGAGUACACCACGGUGAUGACCCUAGUGCACCUGGGUUGA